GCAGACAAGUUUGUAUUUCAAUUGCGGCAUGUUCGCCACUCACCACACAUUUAAAUUGAAUUAUAUAGAAAGUGAUUAACACAAUACAUAUAGUUGGUUAAAAAAAGUUAUUUAGUGCCAUUUUUGGUGUGCAAAGGAGUUGAAAAUUCUUUAAUAAAAGGCAAACCAGAUAUUUUGUGUAUUUAAAUAAAUUUUGUGAGUUCUCACUAAUGCGCGCCUGACAGGCGUUUCUGGGACCACAUUUCGAAGUUAUCAGAUCAGAAAGUUUAAAACUCAAACAUAUUCAAGAAAAAUGGGUUUCAACGUGAAGACCACUUUGCUGGUCUGUUUAACGUUAUUAAAUUUACCACUGAGCAUAUACGCACAAGAUGACUCUUUGGCGGGUAGUUUUCUAUCGGGUCUCUUGGACACCAUAACAAGUACAGCCGAUUCGAAGGAUUGUCCCGGUGUUUGCGUUCACACCUUGGCCACACUCAUUUGCUAUGAAGUGCUCGAUGAUAUACCAUGUCCGUCGCCCAGUAUGAAGUGUUGUAUCGAGAGUGCGCCAGGUAAAAACGUCACACUGGCGCACACCACCACCACAACCACAACUACAACAACGACAAGUACAACAAGUACUACAAAACGUCCAACAACCACAACAACUAAAGCGACAACUACUUCCACCACAGCCAAACCGAAGACCACAUCCAAGCGGCCGACCACCACUACCACAACGACAACAACUAAGAAAACCACAACGACAAAGAAACCGGCAGCAACAACCAGCACCUUGGCGCCCAAAAAGGGGGAAGAAAAGGAUGCGAGCAGCGUGGACAGUGGAAAGGUGCAAAAUUGCACAGGCGUUUGUGUGGCCGAUCGCAUUGCUGAGUACUGUGAGGCCUACCUAACAACGAGCGGCCUUUGUACGGCGGGCACGAAGUGUUGUGUGUCUUUGAAUGAUUAUGCUAAUGCCAAAUUACCAAAGGAUAUUUAUGUGCCAGCAAAGCACAUGGCGAACUUGAGUAAUAUGCAACAUAAAAAUAAGACCAGCGCCGUUAUUAAGCAGACAACCACAAAGACAACCGCCUCGUCGGCAGCUACUUCAACAACGACGAGCACAACAGCCGAACCGGCGCGCACCAAAAUCAGCAACAAUGUAAACGCCAACAAACCCCUGAAACACAAAAAGACACCAGCGACCACCACCACAACAGAAGAUCCCGGCGAUGAAGAACAGGAAGUGGCGGAAGAUGAUGAUACCGAAGCGCAAGAUGAUGCGACGAGCGACGCUGGCGAUAAAGCUGAGAAUCCGAAUGGUCAAACGCUUAAAGAGUGCGAGGGUGAAUGUAUGAAUGGCAUAUUUGCUAUUUUCUGCGAUGACAUUGACUCAGAGGCCUUUUGUCCGGGUGAGGGCAGCUGUUGUGUCACAGGCGUUGCUUCAGAGGCUACACCGGCAGCGGCGGUGGCGACUAAAGUUACACCCACCAAAUCAUCGACAAAGAUUGCCAAGCCGCAACAGCGACCAGCAGCUAAGCCAGCAUCGCCCCCACAAACUGCGCCACCAUUAUUACAAGCAGUUGGCGGUGGCAAUGAUUUCUUCUCGCAGAUUCUGUCGUUCGCAGAGAAUACACUAGGCGGCACCGGCGCACAGCCAGCACCGCAGACGCCACCGCCAGUACAACGUUGUCCCGGCUUUUGUUUAUUAAACAUAAUGGCAGCCUUCUGUGAACGUCCAUCGGUGCUGAUCAGCACACCAACCACGUGUGCUAAAGGCUCUGUGUGCUGUGAUAAUACAGCUUCGCCACCUAAGCCACCACCGCAGAAUAGACGACCCACGCCACCACCUACGACAGCAGCUACGGCUCCCUACGUUGUACCAAAUACACCUUUACCGGAUCCACGAGAGGAAUGCCCAGGGUCUUGUAUUGUACCAUUGCUGAGCUUUACUUGCUUCAAAAAUGCCGAGAUGACUGAUCUCUUCAAAUGCAAACGUUCUGGUCAAAUCUGCUGUGCGCCCAAGAGUCGUAUACUUGAAAAACAACAGUUCCAGACACGCAAUGAUACACUCUACGCCAACUAUCCACCACCACCACCAAUGGCGGGCGUACCACAACCUUAUCCGGGACAACCUUAUCCGCAACCACCACCACCGCCGCAUUACAUGGUCACCCAACCGCCCCAAGCACAUCAUCAUUAUCCACCACCACCGCCACCACAAAUACUACAACAACAACAUCAACCACAACAACCGACCUACGAUUACUCGCAUUAUGGCGCCGCAUUGGUACAACAGCAACAAUCUCAUCUGCCGCCACCACCACCCCCAGCACCGGUACUACCACCUACCACAACAACGACCACUACCACAUCCACCACUACAACACCACGUCCGCAUAUUUACUCGAAAUAUGUUUGUGGUGUUAAGGGCACUCUCCGCAGUGGACGUUCACACUCAUCACCUGCGCUCUCGUUUGUCUCCUAUGCUCGUGCUAUGUACGGCGUACAACGUUCUUCGCGUCAGCUCGGCCAGGUGUACACUACGCCACAAAUUCAAGUGAACAAAUCGAAUGAACGUCUCAUUUUGGGUUCAGCGAUUGUACCGAUACAAAUUCACAAUGAUCUAAUACCGAGCGACGAGUGGCCGGAUGCAAACCAGCUGCGUUCGUACCAUGAAAGUCAACCCAUCUCGGCGGUGGCAGCUGUACAGAGCCGUUACCGUCAUUCGGUGGUCGGUGACCCGGUGUAUGCGUUGAAUUAUAACGCUUCGCGUCGACGUGCGCGUGUUGUUGGCGGUGAGGAUGGGGACAAUGGCGAAUGGUGUUGGCAAGUGGCGCUCAUCAACUCGCUGAAUCAGUAUUUGUGCGGUGCGGCACUCAUCGGAACGCAGUGGGUGCUAACGGCGGCACAUUGUGUGACAAACAUCGUUCGCUCGGGUGAUGCCAUUUAUGUGAGAGUAGGUGACUAUGACCUGACAAGAAAAUAUGGCAGUCCGGGAGCACAGACCCUGCGUGUUGCCACAACCUACAUUCACCACAAUCAUAACAGCCAAACUUUGGAUAACGAUAUAGCGCUGCUGAAACUCCACGGUCAGGCGGAGUUGCGAGAUGGUGUGUGCUUGGUUUGUCUACCAGCGCGUGGCGUCAAUCAUGCGGCCGGUAAACGUUGCACAGUCACCGGCUAUGGUUAUAUGGGUGAAGCCGGUCCCAUACCGCUGCGCGUGCGUGAAGCUGAAAUCCCCAUAGUUAGCGAUGCCGAAUGUAUACGCAAAGUGAAUGCAGUCACAGAAAAGAUCUUCAUAUUACCCGCCUCCAGUUUCUGUGCCGGCGGCGAGGAGGGCAACGAUGCCUGUCAAGGAGAUGGUGGUGGUCCAUUGGUCUGCCAGGAUGACGGUUUCUUCGAACUGGCUGGUCUAGUGUCGUGGGGCUUCGGUUGUGGACGCGUCGAUGUGCCAGGCGUUUAUGUGAAGGUCUCAUCAUUCAUCGGCUGGAUCAAUCAAAUUAUCAGCGUUAAUAAUUUAUAGUCAUAGAAAAUUAACGAAAAAUGAAGAUAAUACGAAUAAUGAGAACUAGAGAUUAGGAAAUUUUUUAAAUAAAAUUUUUAUUUUUAAAUAAAUGUAGCAAUAAACCACACACUUGUAGAGCUCUCUGCUCGCAUGAGUCUCAUAUAGGGAAAAGCUUAGACUUUACGUUCGUAAUACGCGUAUGGUAACGAUAUUAUUACAAAUAGUUUGUACAUUUUAUUAUAUUGCCGCCACGAGGGUUCCAGUCCUGGUCUAAACAACAUAAAAAAAUUCUAGAAAAUUUAUCUUAAUUAAAACUUAAUUAAUUUUCCUCUUAAUGGUCGCCCCCGGCAGGGAAAUAAAGGCUCCUCGUAAGAAAUAAUGGGCCGUUUGGAGGCGACUUAAACUGAAACUGAGUGGUGUUUGUAGGUCCUUCGAUUUGUUGCAAAAACGGAGAGACACAGAAAGCCAUUUCAGCGGUUCUUAAGCGCCAAUUAUGUUUGCUUGCAUACUGUAUGGUAUGUUUAUGUCUAGCGUAUGAGUGCUCUACGAAUUUGUGGUUCAUGUUAUUUUAUAUGCAUUUCUAUAUAUAUUUACAAUUUAGGUUAGUUCUGUAUUUUAGUUAAAUGAACUGUUUACCAUUAUUAUUUAAAAAUCCCACAUAUAUACCUAUAUAUGGACAAUGAAGCAAUCAAAACUAUAACUACGAAGCAACGAUAUUAGAUUUACAUGCCUUUACCUAUGUACGUAUAUACAUUAUAUGUAUUUUUAAUACAAUUUGU